GCCUGGGAAACCAAAGCCAGAUACUCUCUAUCAGGAGACUUUAGUCUUUUCUUUUUUUUUUUUUUUUGGACUUUAAUCUUUUCUGAGCACCGACCCCUCUGAGAAUCCAACAGAAGCUAUGGAUCCUCUCUCCAGAAAACAGAACCAACUGCACAUUCAAACAAAAUAGUCAAUUUCAUUUUGCUUUCGUGGUGCUCUCAGAUACGGGGGCUUCCUGUUUUUGGUCUCCAGGCUCCACCCAUGAGUUGCUGAGUGUCAAAAAGGUUUCUGUAAACUUGGACCAUGAUUUCAAGGGCUCUGGAGCCCUUAGUCCCUUUCUGGCCUGGUUCUGGCCUGUCUGUAGUGUUCCUGGGAAGUAACAUGUGCUCCCAAAGGUGGGAGUGGUGUCUGGCUCUGGAAUUUCUAAUGCUGCCUCAUUUGUUCCUGGCAACCAGCAUUCAAGAUCAUUCGGAACAUCCAGUGACUGCCAUCUCAGGCAGCAAUGUGAGUCUGCAAAUCUCCAGUUUGCCUGCUAACUACAAACAACUCACCUGGCUUUACACCACCAAUCAGAAGAUUCUAGAAUGGGAAUCCAACAGGACUAACUUCUUCAAGUCUAAGUUUAAGGACAGGGUUCGACUUAAUCAAAGCCAUGCACUGUGCAUCUAUAAUGUCCAGAAAGAGGACAGCAGCACCUACAUCCUCAGGGUGUUGGAUGAGUCUGGGACAGAGAAGGAUUGGCAUAUCUCACUGGAGGUACAUGAUCCUGUACCUAAACCUGACAUAGAGAUCCGGAAGACACAGAAAGUGAACAAUGGCUGUCAUCUGCAGCUGUCAUGUAUGAUCCCAAACCAGUCCAUAAACUAUACCUGGUAUGGGGACUCAGGGCCCUUUUCAACAGGGCUCCAGAAUUUUGUGCUUGAAAUCACCGUUGAGCCACAAAACUACUCCAAGUUUUACACCUGCCAAGCGAGCAAUCCUGUGAGCAGCAAAAAUGAUACUGUCUAUUUCACCUUACCUUGUCAACUAGCCAGAUCCUCUGGAGUAGCUUGGAUUGCAACAUGGCUAAUGGUCAUGGUACCCAUUGUUCCUGGCCUCAUAUGGACCUGAGACAAGCUCUUCUAACUCAAGAGUGAAACUUCAAGACAGCUGGGUCUUGCCUUCAUCAGCAACCGCGCUGUUAACCAAGACAGGAGCUCUGGCUACACGGGAUGGUAGAAAGUGUGCUAUUGAAGCAUCUACAAGCAUUUUCAAAUUAACUUUUUAAAAACUACAGUUAAUACUUUAUUUUAUAUCUCCUAGUUAUUUUCCAACACACAUACAUAGAUACACAUAUAUUUUUCCCACCAAAAGAUGUGACCACACUAUGCAAUGUUUCCUUGUUUAAAUAAACGAUGUGACCAUCAACGUCAAACUGUCAGACAAUGUCUGCUCCAUUGGCCCAGGCAAACGGGAUACAAAGGGGAAGAUCCAACACAACAUGUUGUUGUGUCUGAAGAAUUAAUUUGUGCCAUCUCUGACUCUUGGUCCCGCAUCCAUGCCAAAUCUCCUGGGGUUCCUUCUAGCUUUGCCUCCCCCCCCACCCCCCACCCAAGUUCUGGCCUCCUCUCUGAGGAGCAUGCUCUUUAGGUUUCCUGGGAAUAUGGGUUCAGGCUUACCCCUCAGGAGUGAGCAUGCAGCUUUGCCACAUAAAAAGGGUCCCUCCCAAGCCUUUCCUGGGGAGCCGAGCACCACUACUUCCUUUGUGGGCAACUCUUCAAGUCCUACCUGUGUCACGGGAUCUAAUAAAACCAUCAGAUAACAAAAUGUUCUCACUAGGGUCUUCCAUUACAGGAAGGUAGGAACCCCCAGGCCCAGCACUGACAGAACACCUGGGAUUUCUUUUGUGUGUUCCUCUCCUCCAAGGCUUUCAUGGGCCUGGAGCUGAGAGGGCCACUCAAGGAUGUAUUCCCCCUUCAGGGAACUGUCCCAUCACAGAUCACUUUUUGUCUACAUCAAACCAGCCUUCCCUGCCAUCCAGCCCUCCUCUGUGUCAAAACACGCUGUGUGCUCACCAACCUCACGUUUUCCUCCUGGGCUGUCCUGGUUAAUUUUAUGUGUCAACUUGACCGGGCCCCAGAGGUGACCAGAUGUUUGGCCCAACAUUAUUCUGUGUGUGUCUGUGAGGGUUUUCUGGAUAAGAUUAACAUUUGAAUCAGUAGCCUGAGUAAAGCAGAUUAACCUCCCUAAUGUGUGUGAGCCUCAUCAAAUCAGGUGAAGGUGUGAAUAGGCUCUCCCUCCCCUAAGUAUGGAAGAAUUCCUUCUGCCUGACUGCUUUUGACCUGGGACAUUUGGAUUUUUUUCCUGCCUUCAGAUGCCAUCACCAAUCCUGAGUCACCAGUCUGAUGACUCAGACCUUGGGACUUAUAAGCCUCCAUAAUUGCAUGAGCCAAUUCCUUAUAAUAAAUCUUUGUGUGUGUGCGUGUGUGUGUGUGUAGCUCUUAUUGGUUUGUUUCUCUGGAGAACCCUGACUAAUACAUGGGCCACUAGAAAAGCUACCUUUCUCAGCUCCCCGUCUAUUUAGUUGGGGCCAUGUGACUGGUUUUAGCCAAUAGAAAAUGGAUGGAAUUAAUGUGCCAGGAAGUGAGGGACUCUGAGAAGUGGAGCCACAUAAUGCAAAGGGCCUGGGUCCAAGCCAUCACAUGGCAAGCGGCUGCCUGGUCUACACCGGACACGCAUAGGAAAGUUUGGUUUUUGUUUGUUACCACAACAUAGCCUGGACUCCCUAAGUCUCCCACCAUCCCCUUCAGUCCAGCCUGUGGUUCCAUCCCAGCCUCACCUCU